AUGGGUGAGAGACAGGAGUCCUUGGCCCUCACAGUCCAUCUCCUUGCCAACUCUGGGCACGGCUCAUUUCUACAGCGAACACUAGACCAGCUCCUGGAUGGUAUUUGUCCAGAGGUUCCCCUCUUUCUGGUGUCAGAGAGAGUCAGCCCCAUGAAGUCUUAUGAGAAGCACCACGCCAAGCACUCCAGGUUCCCAGGGAUAUCUGUUUUACUGUUCCUGCAUGAGAGUCGGGGAGAGGAGAGGAUGUUUCGGGUUCUCAGCUCCCUCCAGCAUUCGCCUUGGCAAUACUACCCCACUGAGAACGCCCAGAGGAAACUCUGUCCCUCCCUGCUUGCCAGCCACGACUUCUACAGUCUGGACCACCAGAUGCCUGUGUGGGGAGUGCGGCAGGUGCACUGUGGCAGUGAGAUCCUGCGGGUGACCCUCUACUGCAGCUUUGACAAUUACGAGGACGCCAUCCGACUCUACGAGAUGGUCUUGCAGAAAGAAGCCACCUUGCAAAAGAGCAACUUCUGUUUCUUCGAGCUCUACUCCACCUCGAGCUUCACCCUGCAGCUCUCCCUGAAGCAGCUGCCCCCUGGGAUGUCCGUGGACCCCAAAGAGGCUGCAGUGCUGCAGUUCAAGGUUCAAGAGAUUGGCCAGCUAGUGCCUCUCCUGCCCAAUCCCUGCGUCCCCAUCAGCAGCACCAGGUGGCAGACCCAGGACUACGACGGCAACAAGAUCCUGCUGCAGGUCCAAACGAAUCCAGAGCUUGGUGCGAGGAAUGGGGAACUUUCUUCAGGGGCUGACAUGCUUUCCCAAGGCUCCAAGAUGGCCUCUGUGUCCACAAAGAACAUUCCAGAACCAAGGAGCCGGCGAAGCCGCACCAGGAAUUGCAGGUUGGCUUCUCUGGAGCUUCUGGAGCCUGGUGGGAAUCUGUCCUCAGAGAGCCGCAGUGGCGCUUCGUGGAGAAGCCCUAGCUGGCCGUUGCUGGCCGGCAGCCCAGUCACAGACACACAGCUGCACCUGCCUUCUCCCGACAGUGUGUCUGGGGUGAAGGCCCACAGCCAGGGAACCCACCGGCCGAAGCUCGAGGCAGAGACGAAUGUGGACACAGGGUUCACGGUGGUCAAUUCUGAAGCCGGGCAAUCCCCUCCGAGCAGACUGCAGAGAGGUUUGCACCCCAGUCAGCCUCUGUCCUGCUUGCCAGCAGCUUGCUCAGGGACACCUGGGUCCCACAACAACAGAAUCGUGGAGGAGCGGGACAUCCCUUUGUCCCGUGCUGGCCAGCGUGACCCUGAUAUAAGGAAGACAACCUCAAAAUGCCCUCCUCACCAGACAGCCCAGACAGAAGAAAAAGGUGGAGGAGAAGAAUUCUUUAUAUAA